AUAAACCUUGUAAGAAGCAAACUGCUUAACUCGAUCGCUUCUCUGGUGUGUGCUUUCUCGGCGAAGGAGUAAUACGAGAACGUUGAAAAUGGAGAAUGAUGGAAGAUCCAGUGAGAAAAAUCUUUACGAGGUUCUUGGUGUUGAAGCAACAGCAUCUCCACAGGAGAUAAGGAAAGCGUAUCAUAAGUUAGCAUUGAGACUUCAUCCUGAUAAAAACAAGGAUGAUGAGGAAGCUAAAGAGAAAUUUCAGCAGUUGCAAAAGGUGAUUUCGAUUCUCGGUGAUGAAGAGAAAAGAGCGGUCUAUGAUCAAACUGGCUCAGUUGAUGAUGCUGAUCUUUCGGGAGAUGUGGUUGACAACUUGAGGGACUUCUUCAAGGCAAUGUACAAGAAGGUCACGGAGGAAGAUAUUGAAGAGUUUGAGGCGAACUACAGGGGUUCUGAAUCCGAGAAGAAUGAUUUGAUUGAGCUAUAUAAGAAGUUUAAGGGUAAAAUGAGCAGGCUUUUCUGCUCAAUGCUUUGCUCGAACCCCAAGCUUGAUUCACACCGUUUCAAAGAUAUCAUCGAUGAGGCCAUUGCAGCGGGAGAAGUGAAAUCAACAAAAGCUUACAAGAAAUGGGCAAAGGACAUUUCAGAAAUGGAACCUCCCACGAAUCCUCAGAAGAUGAGACGGAAAGAAACAAAGGCUGCAGAUAAAGAUUUAUACGCAGUAAUUUCCCAGCGAAGAGAUGAGAGGAAAGGGAAGUUCGAUUCAAUGUUCUCGUCACUUGUGUCUAGGUAUGGUAGCAAUGCUGACUCUGAGCCAAAUGAAGAAGAAUUCGAAGCUGCACAGAGAAAAGUUGAAAGCCGGAGAUCAUCGAAGAAGUCGAGAACAAACUUGGCUCUCGUCGCUUCCGUCUUCUAUCAGGUUAUCUGCUUAACGGAUUUAGAAGCUGAUUACUUGAACCCUUUUGAAACAAGUACCCGCAUCAACCGAUUAGUAAUACCUGAGUUUAUCCUCCAAGGGUCACUCUGCCUUCUCUUCCUCCUCACAUGGCAUUGGGUCUUUUUUCUGGUCGCCGUCCCUGUAACAGUCUAUCACGCAAUGUUAUUCAACGAGCGACGUUAUCUCAUCGAUGUCACUGAAGUGUUCCGUGGUAUUAGCUUUGAAAAGAAGUUCCGGUAUACCAAGCUCGGGUUCUACGUCUUUCUCUUCAUCAUGGUCGUCUUUAGGCUCACUCUAUCGGCGGUCUAUAGCUUCACGGAAGACGAUGAUCUACUUCAUUUGUUUUGAUUCAUGCUCUCUGCCAUAUCAACCACUCUCUAUUUAUUUUCUGAGUGUGUUUUAGAAAAUUGUGACAGGUUUUGUUACAUCCCUGCUUAGAAUUAGCCAAUCAGGGAUUCAUGAUGUAGCUUUAUAUAAUGUACGAUUACCGAAAACUCGUCACAAAUCGUUUGACAUGGAGGGUUUCAGCUUUUUUGUUUGCACAGUAUAGUGUUCAGUU